GAUCCAAUAUGUCCGGUGAAUCACACAGUUUGCUCCAGAGAAAAUCAGUAGUAUAUAUUGAGCUCUUGUGGAAAGUGGCUGUCUCCCAUUAGUAGUCAGCUCUUUUACGAUGUCUUGUUAAUAUAGGAUCAUAAAAAUAGAUAAUUGAAUUAAUAACUUAACACUUGGGAGAGAAGGGCGGAACAGUUACGAUGCGGAUUAUCGGGAAAUGUUUUAUUGCUCUUUGUAUAUUGCUCCUAUCGCAAAGAAUCGGAAAGGCAGAGACGAAAGAUAACGAAGUAGACGAAUGCAGUAGUUUGCCGAGUGAUUUAAAAAACGAGAUUAAAGCGUAUGAACCGUUGGUACAUAAUAUUGUAAACGAAGCUCUCAACGGUACUUUUAAGGGACGAACGUGGCAAGAGUUGGCUGAUUUUGUAGAUAACUUUGGCCCAAGAUUAUCCGGCACACAAAUUUUAGAAGAUUCGAUCGAUUAUGUUUUAAAUAAAUCGCAGUCAUAUAAAUUGGAAAAUGUUCACGGUGAAAUUGUCAAAGUACCUCAUUGGGUUAGAGGUUUCGAAGCUGCGACACUUUUACGGCCAAGAAAUAAGAGCAUUUCCAUCCUAGGACUAGGAUAUAGCGUUGGUACUCCGGACGAAGGGAUAACAGCUAGUGCUAUUGUCGUAAAUAGUUUUGCCGAACUCAAAAGUAGAGCAAAAGAGGUACCCGGCAAAAUAGUCGUAUUUAACGAAAAAUAUGUUUCGUACGGUGAAACUGUGAAAUAUCGUUCGUCUGGUGCAACGAAAGCUGCUGAAUUCGGCGCAGUAGCAGCUCUUAUUAGAUCGGUGACACCGUUAUCGCUGUACACACCUCAUACUGGCAUGCAGACGUAUGCCAAGAACGUCACCAAGAUUCCAGUGGCUUGUAUUACGAUCGAGGAUGCCAUGCUUUUGAGAAGGAUGUCGAAUAGAGGUGAAAACAUAGUAAUACGUUUGAAAAUGGAAGCAAAAAAUCUGCCUGAUAAAGAAUCGAGAAAUGUCGUGGCUGAAUUAACUGGUACUGAUAAGCCAGAAGGUGUUGUCGUAGUGUCAGGACAUAUAGACAGCUGGGACGUUGGCGAUGGCGCGAUGGACGAUGGAGGUGGUGCUUUUAUUUCCUGGAAUGCUUUACAAUUAUUGAAACAGCUCAAUUAUCGACCUCGCAGGACUAUCAGGAUGAUUAUGUGGACUGCCGAAGAAUUGGGAAUAAUCGGAGCGCAACAUUACAUAAAAGAGCACAAAGCUGAAGAAAGAAACUUGCAAUUUGUGAUGGAAUCGGACAUUGGAACAUUUAUUCCUUUGGGUAUAGAAUAUACUGGAACGCCAUACGUGGGAUGUGUUUUACGAGAGAUUUUGGGACUUAUGUCCCCUUUGGGAGAGAUGAAAGUGCGAACACCAAAUGCUGGACCCGAUAUAGAGUAUUGGAUAAAGGCUGGCGUCCCUGGUGGAUCUCUUUGGAACAAAAACGAUAAAUACUUUUACUAUCAUCACAGUAACGCGGACACUAUGCUGGUGGAAGAUCCAGAUUCUCUUGACAUGGGAACAGCUUUAUUUGCAGCUGUAUCUUACGUCUUAGCAGAUCUUAGUAUCGAUCUACCUCGGCACAAUUCACUCGGAGAAAAUUAAAUUUUUAUUUGCUAGAGUAUAAAAUACUCUAACAAGGGAGAAAGAUAGAAACAAGUUAUUAUAUGGGAAUAUUUAUCAGCAGGUACAUACAUUCUAUCUUUAUUCUGAAAUGUAACGUCUCCCAUAUGUAUGCUGUAAUACAGCAACAACACGUACAAACAUAUAUUAGGCCAUUCCAGCCUAAUCGUCAUUUCAGAAUUCACCGUAUGUGUGCGUAUAUUUUAUGAGUAUAACAAAUACUUGGACGAGACGUACUUGGGCUAUUAUCGCUCGUAUAAUUUAAAUUGGUCUUUCCGCACAACGGAGAAUACAUGAAACGUAUACGAUCUUCUAAAUCCUUGUAAUAUUUAUCUCCUUCUGUCGGAGAAAUAUAUAAUUUAAUCAAUUAACUCA